AUGACUGAGCUGCAGGCAAAGGAUCCGCGGGCACCCCACGCGUCGGGAGCCGCUCCCUCUCCCACCCACGUCGGGUCCCCCUUGCUUGGUCACUUGGACCCUUGUCCCUUCCAGGGGAACCAGCCGUUGGACGCGCCGUCCGUAGUCCCGCCUAUACCCAUUUCCCUGGACGACAGACUGCUCUUCCCUCGACCCUGUCAAGGUCUGGAGCUCCCAGGAGAAAAAGCACAGAACCAGCAGUCGCUGUCCGAAGUGGAGGGAGCCUUCCCUGGAGUCGAAGCCACUCUUGAGGCAGGAGGCAGCAAUCCCAGAGUCCUGGAGAAGGACAGCAGACUCUUAGACAGUGUCUUAGACACGCUGCUGGCGCCCUCGGAUACCGAGCAGAGCCACGCCAGCCCCCCAGCCUGCGAGGUCAUCACAUCUUGGUGUCUCUUUGGAUCAGAGCUUCGAGAAGACCCCCGCAGUGUCCCUACUAGCAAGGGGUUGCUGUCCCCUCUCAUGAACCGGGCAGAGAGCAAGGCUGGCGACAGCUCCGGAACAGGAGCGGGGCAGAAGGUGCUGCCCAAGGGGUUGUCACCACCCAGGCAGCUCCUGGCCCCGACCUCAGGGAGUACUCAUUGGCCCGGGGCAGGACUGAAGCCGCCUCCUCAGCCGUCUGCCGUGGAGGUGGAGGAGGACUGUGACCUAGAGACUGAGGGCUCCCCGGGAUCGCUUCUGAAGAGCAAACCUCGAGCCCUGGAAGGCACGGGCAGUAGAGGAGGAGUUGCAGCCAGCGCGCCCGCGGCUGCCCCAGGAGGCGUCACCCUGGUUCCCGAGGAAGAGUCCCGAUUUUCUGCUCCCAGGGUCUCCUUGGAGCAGGACGCUUCGGCGGCGCCCGGGCGCUCCCCACUGGCCACCACAGUGGUGGAUUUCAUCCACGUGCCCAUCCUGCCUCUCAACCACGCGCUCCUGGCUGCGCGCACCCGGCAGCUGCUGGAGGGGGACAGCUACGACAGCGGGGCCUCAGCCCAGGGCUCAUUUGCCCCGCCUCGAGGCUCGCCCUCCGCGCCAUCCACGCCGGUGCCCUGCGGCGACUUCCCAGACUGCGCCUAUCCGCAGGACGGUGACCCCAAAGAGGACGCCUUCCCUCUUUAUGGCGACUUCCAGCCGCCAGGCUUGAAGAUCAAGGAGGAGGAGGAAGGCGCGGAAGCAGCUGCGCGCUCGCCGCGCCCCUACCUGGUGGCCGGAGCCAGCGCCGCCACCUUUCCAGAUUUCCCGCUGGCGCCCGCGCCGCCACGGGCUCACUCCUCCAGGCCCGGGGAGGCGGCGGUGGCCGGCGCUCCCGGCAGCUCCGCGGUGUCGCCCGCGUCCUCUUCGGGGUCCGCGCUGGAGUGCAUCCUGUACAAAGCCGAGGGCGCGCCGCCCACGCAGGGCCCGUUCCCGCCGCUGCCCUGUAAGCCCCCGGCCGCCGGCCCUUGCCUGCUCCCGCGCGACAGCCUUCCCGCACCCCAGGCCUCCUCGGCAGCCCCCGCCAUCUAUCCGCCGCUCGGCCUCAACGGGCUCCCGCAGCUGGGCUACCAGACCGCAGUGAUCAAGGACAACCUGCCCCAGGUCUACCCGCCCUAUCUCAACUACUUGAGGCCAGAUUCGGAAGCCAGCCAGAGCCCACAGUAUGGCUUUGACUCCUUACCUCAGAAGAUCUGUUUAAUCUGUGGGGAUGAAGCAUCUGGCUGUCACUAUGGCGUGCUCACCUGUGGGAGCUGCAAGGUCUUCUUUAAGAGGGCGAUGGAAGGGCAACAUAACUAUUUAUGUGCUGGAAGAAAUGACUGCAUUGUUGACAAAAUCCGCAGAAAAAACUGCCCAGCAUGUCGCCUGAGAAAGUGCUGUCAGGCUGGCAUGGUCCUUGGAGGUCGGAAGUUUAAGAAGUUCAGUAAGGUCCGAGUUAUGAGAGCUCUCGACGGUGUUGCUGUCCCUCAGUCAGUGGGACUUCCCAAUGAGAGCCAGCCCAUAGGCCAGAGAAUCACCUUCUCACCAAGUCAGGAAAUGCAGCUUAUCCCUCCGCUCAUCAACCUGCUCAUGACCAUUGAGCCCGAUGUGGUCUAUGCAGGGCACGACAACACGAGACCCGACACGUCCAGCUCUUUGCUGACCAGUCUCAACAAACUGUGCGAGAGGCAGCUGCUGUCUGUAGUCAAAUGGUCCAAGUCACUGCCAGGUUUCCGGAACUUGCAUAUUGAUGACCAGAUAACCCUGAUUCAGUACUCCUGGAUGAGUCUGAUGGUGUUUGGCCUGGGGUGGAGGUCCUACAAGCAUGUCAGUGGGCAGAUGCUGUAUUUUGCACCUGAUCUAAUCCUAAAUGAGCAGAGGGUGAAAGAGUUAUCAUUCUACUCAUUGUGCCUUACCAUGUGGCAAAUCCCACAGGAGUUCGUCAAGCUCCAAGUGACCCACGAGGAGUUCCUAUGUAUGAAAGUCUUGCUACUUCUUAAUACAAUUCCUUUGGAAGGACUGAGGAGCCAAAGCCAGUUUGAAGAGAUGAGGUCAAGCUAUAUCCGGGAAUUGAUCAAGGCAAUUGGCCUAAGGCAGAAAGGAGUGGUUCCCAGUUCUCAGCGCUUCUAUCAACUUACAAAGUUUCUCGACAGCUUGCAUGAUCUUGUGAAACAACUCCAUCUAUACUGCCUGAAUACAUUCAUCCAGUCUCGGACACUGGCUGUGGAAUUUCCAGAAAUGAUGUCUGAAGUUAUUGCUGCACAGUUGCCCAAGAUCUUGGCGGGCAUGGUGAAGCCUCUUCUCUUUCAUAAAAAGUGAUGUCUUUGCUGUGUUUUCUUUGCAAAAAUUGAAUGUUGUACUGUGUCUUUUAUUGUCUUGGUUAGGAAAGUCAGGUCGUGUGUCUUUAUAAUGUUCUUUUGAAAGCCUUACAUGUACAUGUACCACACUGUAUGAAGUUAUUACAGGUAUACAUACACACUGUAUGAACUUAUGGGAAAACUUGGGAGAUGUUGAUUUUCCUUUGUAAUGCCUAAGUAUAGGUUUUCAAGUGUUUUAUGUACCCACGUUUUCUUUGAGAGUUUAAACAGUUUAAAAGGACUAAAAUUGAUUGUAUGAGUAAACUAUAUCUCAUUAUAUUAUUUCAUACUAUCCAGGUGAGAAUUUUUAACUUUUGCAUCUAACAUCUAACAAAUCUCCUUUAUAGGGGUGAGACACCCUACCUUUAGCAAAGCAUACAUGUUACUUCUAGGUAGUUGUUUUGAUCUCCAAAAGUGGACCUUUAAAAUGGCAGCCAAGAAUGUAAUCAUUUUGUGAGAAGAUUCAUAGCCUGAAACAGAUUUUCAAAGAGUUUUUAAUGCAAAAAAGAAAGAAAAGAAAAGAACCGACAAAACAGAACAGAGUAACGGAAAGGGAGCUGACAUAGGUUGAGGUUUUUGAAACUAGGCGUGCUGUGGUUGGAGCAGAUCUACGAUGGGGUGAACAAGCAGCCAUACAGUUGCAGUGACUACCGAUGGUGGGUUUGAUGGUGAAGAUGCCUCCAGAUCAGGUCCUGUGAAUGUCAGAAAUCAGGUCUGUUCUCCCAUUGGAAUCCCUGUUGAUGACUGACCUUGCAAACCAGUCGCCCUUGCUAGUUCUGUGUCCUGGCCAGUAUGACAGCAUUUGUGGCAAAGGCUUCCCUCUUCUUACCGUUGUAUCAAAGAAGGCUGCAAGGGAAAGACAGGAAAAGUGAGAAAGGGGGGAGGGAAGAGGUAAAUACCUUUCCCUUCUUGGGGAUAGAGGGUUUUUUGUUUGUUUUUGUUUUGUUUUGGGAAAUGCAGGUAGUGAAUCUCAGGUGGAAAAUGUUUUUAGUGCCUCUGAAUCUGAAAGAGAUGCUUUAGAAAGAGACAAGUCUCAGAUGGAAAGAGUUUUGAGUGCCUACGACCCAAUUCUAAAUGAGUGGCUUCAGGAAAUCCUAGACACUUGCUUCAAAUAAUACAACCAGGUACAGUGACGAUAAGACACAUAAUUCACUUUGUCAUUUCUACUUAAAAUAUUCAUUUGAAAGACAGAUUCUAGUUCUUUACAGAAAUCAGUUACUGGACAUCAGUUAGUUUUUUUUUUUAAAGAAAAGCUCAUACAUGUAUGCAUACCAAGUUCACACCACUGGUAAAUGCAAUAAAAGCCAGUUACUGUUUGUUUUCAUUAAAUCAUUGGUAUAAGUUCCAGUCAUAUUAUAUAUAUAUAUACUAUAUACACAUAUGUAUAUUAUACAAUAAUUUCUCUAAAUUAACAAUAAAUUCUCUAAAUUAAAAAGAGAACUGACUACGUUGUGUCUGACUAUGGCGUAAAGAACAAUAAGUUCUCUAGCACAUUUAAAAUAGGUAUUGAAAUAAAGACUAAUCAGGA